GAUGGACAGAAUGACAGAAGAUGCCCUGCGCCUGAACCUUUUAAAGCGGAGCUUGGACCAAGCCGAUGACCGGGACGAUGUUCUGGCCAAGAGGUUGAAAAUGGAGGGCCAUGAGGCCAUGGAGCGCCUCAAAAUGCUGGCCCUACUGAAGCGCAAGGACCUGUCAGGCAUUGACGUCCCCCAUGAGCUCCCGGUGAAGCAGGAUGGGGUGAAAGUAUAUGAAGAGAAGCUGAAUGGGAGCCUGAGGCCCCAUGCAGAUGUCAGGACUGCAGGGAGGCCGGGGAAGGAGAACAUUAAUGACGAGCCAGUGGACAUGAGCGCAAGGAGAAGUGACCAGGACAGGGGUCGGUUAACCCCCUCACCAGACAUAAUUGUCCUUUCCGAUAAUGAAGCAUCAAGUCCCCGUUCCAGCUCUCGGAUGGAAGAAAGACUCAAGGCAGCAAAUCUCGAAAUGUUUAAGGGUAAAAGCCUAGAGGAGCGGCAGCAGCUCAUCAAGCAGCUCCGGGAUGAACUGCGGCUGGAAGAGGCGAGGCUGGUGCUGCUGAAGAAGCUGAGGCAAAGUCAGCUGCAAAAGGAGAAUGUUGUACAGAAGACUCCUGUUGUCCAGAAUGCAGCAUCUAUUGUCCAGCCAUCGCCUGCUCAUGUGGGGCAGCAGGGACUGUCCAAGCUUCCCUCCAGGCCUGGAGCUCAGGGGGUCGAGCCUCAGAAUUUAAGAACAUUGCAGGGUCACAGUGUCAUUAGGUCUGCCACAAACACGACCCUCCCUCACAUGCUGAUGUCGCAGCGUGUGAUUGCUCCAAACCCUGCCCAGUUACAGGGUCAGCGCGUUCCUCCAAAACCUGGCCUCAUCCGCACUACAACUCCAAGCAUGAAUCCAGCCAUCAACUACCAGCCGCAGUCCAGUUCUUCUGUUCCUUGCCAGCGCACGUCGUCUUCAGCCAUCUACAUGAACCUUGCUUCUCACAUUCAGCCCGGGACCGUGAACAGGGUCUCGUCUCCACUGCCCAGCCCCAGUGCUCUGAACGACGCUGCCAACUCGCAGGCUGCUGCCAAGCUUGCCCUGCGCAAGCAGCUGGAAAAGACGCUGCUGGAGAUUCCACCCCCAAAACCACCAGCGCCCUUGCUGCACUUCCUGCCCAGUGCGGCCAACAGUGAGUUCAUCUACAUGGUGGGACUGGAGGAGGUGGUGCAGAGCGUCAUCGACAGCCAAGGGAAAAGCUGCGCCUCCCUUCUGCGCGUGGAGCCCUUUGUGUGUGCUCAAUGCCGCACGGAUUUCACCCCGCACUGGAAGCAAGAGAAGAACGGGAAGAUCCUGUGUGAGCAGUGCAUGACCUCCAACCAGAAGAAGGCGCUGAAAGCAGAGCACACCAACCGGCUCAAGAACGCCUUCGUGAAGGCCCUGCAGCAGGAGCAGGAAAUUGAGCAGAGGCUGCAGCAGCAGGCGGCCCUGUCCCCCACAGCCACGCCUGCCGUGUCCAGUGUCAGCAAGCAGGAAAACAUCAUGAGGCACCAUACGCUCCGACAGGCCCCGCAGCCCCAGAGCACUCUGCAGCGUGGCAUCCCCACAUCUGCCCGCUCCAUGCUUUCUAACUUUGCCCAGGGCCCCCAGCUCUCUGUGGCAGGUGGUCUUCUUGGUAUGCCAGGUGUUAACAUCGCUUACCUGAACGCCGGGAUUGGAGGUCACAAAGCGUCGAGCUUGGCGGAUCGGCAGCGGGAGUAUCUUUUAGAUAUGAUCCCACCCCGGUCUAUAUCGCAGUCCAUCAGUGGACAGAAAUAACUCCGGCUGCCCCUCCUUGCCCACCCCACAUCCGUCGCAUGCAGUGCCUGUACUGGUGCCUACCAUACAUGGGGAAACAGACAACAGAGAAAACCGAAAACAACCCAAACUUGAGCGCCCUGUCCUCCCCCCCAGCUCCUCUCUGGGUUUCUACCGCAGUCAGAGGCCACUCCCCUUGCCAGAGGUCAGAGCAGUGUCUGCUUGGAUCAGCACUGGACGUGUUCCUGCUUGUUUUACGCUAUUUUUUUUGUAAUGACAAAGCCUAGAAUUUUUCAUUGUGUUGUGUUUUCGUUUUGGGGUUUUUUUUUUUCCUUUGCUCAAUGGACAGUUAAAACUUUUUUCCUUUCCAGAGAUUUUUUUAUUUUUAUUUUUUGAAGGGCAUCCCCUGUAACGUGACCAUUUGUAAAGGGUAGCCAUGCUGACUCGAGGGAAGGCCGGGGAGUGGGAGUUGUGUGCCGGAGCCCGGACAGUUGCCCUCUGCCCCGGGCAUGGGGGGCACCUGGGACUCGUCCUCCAAGAGAGGUAAGGAGUGGUGCUGGACGCAGCCACUCCAGGCGAGGCUGUGACAGGUUGGCCCAAUUUGCACGUGGUCUCCCUGGAGGAAGGCAGGUUGGUCCAGGAAGGAGCCGGCACUCAGUUCGGUGCAUCUGCCCUAUGCGGCCAAGCUGUGAACUCGCUGGAUCAGCUCAGACGUGGGCAGGCAGCACCUAGAGGUCCCAUUGGUUGUGUUCGUGCAGAGGGUGCCAGCGAAGCGGUGCAGGGCCAGCUAGGUGGCUCCCUGUCAGACAGCCAAGCCGACGGGUGUGGGUAGUGCCAGGAACUCGCCGUCCCACAGUCCUGAGCCUCCAGUACCGCGGCCCUUGGCAUCGAAAAGUGGAGAGGUGGAAGGUCCGUUGUGGAUUGUGAACUACCAAAGGGCACCGUGGCCUCGGUGCGUGCCCAAGAGCUGCUCCACGUCACUUCCCUGCGUGGAAGCAACAGCCAGGCCUGACUCAAGUAGAAAUGCAGGGCAGGGGUCAGAGCAAAGGCCUGCAGCCCGGGUGUGCGUCCCGCAUGGAGGCUUGGACAAGAAUGGUGUCAGCUGACCUGAGGCAUGAGCAAGCUGAGAACAUGGUCUGGAAAAUGCUCCUUUUGCACUUCACUUCCGUGCCAGAGGUCCCCGCUGCCCAGUGCUGCGGAGCAGAGGCGCUGACCCCAGCCAGGACGCGGCUGUGCAGGGUGGUGCAGGCGGGAUGUGGAGCUCCUCAUGCCUGCCUGUGGCUGCUCUGGUUAUCAUGGGGAGACCCUUGUUGGCCAAACAGUUACAGAUCCCAGUGAGGGAUGUGCCUGCAGCUGCUAGUGCAGAGGGAAGGAGCCUGAGCCCUGUGGUCAGCCAGAAGGAGCUCUUGAACAUUUUCGGGCCUUGCCGGCGUCGAAUGAAUCGUGAAAUUCUGCGUGAAGCCCGUAGAAGCUUCUGCCGGCACCUUUCUUCCUUCAGCAGCUCCCAGCCAUCGGUGCCAUCCCUCCUGGCUCACGGGGCUGGUUCCUGCCCCCCAGUCCAUGGUUACAACUGUGAGACCCAAACUCCGAGGCUUCCUGAAGGGGCAGCUGCCUUGGGGGAGGAUCUGCUGAUGCUUCGGAGGCUGCCUCUUUGUGAGCCAGCAGGGCUCCCCCAAAACCCAGCACGCGUUGCCCCUGCCUUGGAGAGGAGGGCUUGUACUGCAGCACGAGCACUGGGCACCCGCCUGCACCAGCUCCCUUGUGCCCCAUCAUCUCCGGCCCAGGGCUCUGCUGGCACCACAGGCCUUUCCCCCAGGUCUUUGCUUCCAAGAACCACUCCCCUUUCUCCCAAUUUCUGCAAGCACUUACCCAGCCGUGGCGCGUGGAUGCCUUCAUGGCUGGGGCCCUCUGAGGUGAGGGUGUUCCUGGGGGCAUGCGAGGCGCAGUGGCACGUAUAUAUAUAAAUCUAUAUUUUCUGUUCUUGGUUUUUAAAAGAAUAUUGUUUAGUUGGCCCCAGGAGGUGGCCGUUGCCCCGAAAGAUGUCUCUCUCUCCCUGCCGAGCUCGGACGGAAGCACUUUGCUGACUUGUUCCUUCUCCGUCAGUCGCCCUGAGACGCUCUCGCCCACUUGUUCUUCGUUUCCCUCCCCCUGUUCAAGUGCCAUUCUCCCCCAAUCAGGUGUUGCCAAGAGGUACGAGGCGACCCGGGCGUAUUGGUUGAGAUGAAAGUUUAAAGAGAGAAAAAAAAGAAAUUAUAUAGAAAUGUGCAAUAGUUCAUGACGAGUCCCUCCCGUGGGGCCGGCGGAGGCCGUUUAAUGUCAAAGAUCAAGAUACUGAUCGUGGUGCUAAGUGAAAUGCUCCUGGGCCAGGGCCCAGAGGCCCCCGGACCCUGACCCCCUCCAUCGGCUGCAGCAGGUGGCAAAAAAGGCUUCCCCUCGGCCCAAUCCUGCGGCAGCCCAGGCCCUCGGUCGCCAGUGGUCCCAGUGUGCAGCCUGAGCUGCUGCUGCCAGACCCCAUUUCCUUCCUAGGCGUGGAGAUGGCGUGGCCCAGCCUUGUGUGGCACUGGGGAGCAUGGGAAGUGGGUGGCAGGGCCGAGGUGGGGCCCCAGGCUGUGGGUGCUCUCUCCCUCCGUGAGCCAGCGUGGAUUCACAGGUCAGGCUUGUGCCCUCCCUUCACAGUGCCACGUCCUGCCUGUGUGGCUGAGGGGUGCAGAGGCCACGCGCCCUUGCUGCAGCCGCAGGAGCGGGCAUGGCUCCGCCAGCACUGCGGGGCCAGGAGUUUGGGCACCUCUGGGGCGAGUGCUUCCUGUCCCACGUGGCCGCCCUUCGCCGUCCUGACGGGGAUAGCCCAGGCCCUGCUCGUUGCUCCUGCCUCGGCCUGUAGCAAUGCCCUGUGGGCAGGAGGGCACGGUGGGGCCUGUUCCCCAUCCCCCGCCUGCCCUGCCCUGCCUAUUAAUCUCUGUCUAAGGGGAAUUAAGAUGCUUGCUUUGUCUGUGAUCUGCACAGGUUUCAAUUUUUU